ACUUGAUCAUAACUUAAUAUUCAUAAUUUAAAACUAACUUUACUUUUACUUGAUCAAGUUUCCUCUUCUUUAUACAUAAUUAUUUUGAAGUCGAAACGAAAGGGAAUAUAUAGUUUUCAACUUCUCUUUUCAUUCACAAGCUAUACUCUCAAUAUCAUAUCCGUCUCCCUCCGCUCCCCCCUAUCGUCUCUUAUCAGUGACGACAUUAAUAUUACCCUCCCCCCACAUCGACCCCAACCACCACGGGUGGUCAACAUUUGGAUAUGGCUUCGAAUUUGGACUCUGAACAACAUGAACUACAUAAUUAUUUCCCUGAACGCUCAGACAAUACUUCCAAUAUCGAAUUCACACCACAAUUCGAAAAUGAGGUUGAACAACCAUUACCAUCUAGCUCAGAUAGCUCUUCAGACUUUAACGAAACAUUACGCCCUACGACAACCAACGAAACUGUUAGAGAAAAACAAUUCGAAUCAAUAAGGACAGGUGAUCGAGAAGAGUUGGAGAGAAUAGCUUCAGGCUUUGGAGGUUCUCAAUUAGGACGAACCUUUACCAAUGCUACAGCUAAGAAUCAUGAGUUGGAGAAACAGGAUACCUUGGCUGGCCUCAAAUUGGGAGAAUCAACCUUGGACCCCAGCUCCCUUGAUUUUGAUGUGUUUAAAUGGACCAAAAUGUAAGUUUGCUCAUGUCACAUGAAUUGCCGGCCUAAAUAUUAAUGGUUGUAUAGGAUGAUGAGAUUGACGGAUGAGAAUCAAGUUAUCCAACGACGUGCCGGAAUUGUAUUCAAGAACCUCAAAGUAUGCGGUUCUGGGUCAGCAAUCAAUAUACAAAAGGAUGUUGCUUCAAUGUUAAUGGCACCUUUCCGAUUUAGAGAAUUUGCUGGAAAAUCUUCCGAGAAGACGAUUUUGAACGACUUCAAUGGUGUUUUGAAAUCAGGAGAGAUGGUGCUUGUUCUGGGAAGACCUGGUUCGGGAUGUUCAACGUUUCUCAAAACUUUAACGGGAGAACUUUAUGGAUUGGAUAUGAAGCCAGGAUCAGAGAUCAAUUAUAAUGGUUUGUGAUAUUCACUUACCCGCUGCUUGGGGAUGAUGCUAAUAAAUCUAGGUAUCACGCAAAAGCAAAUGCUCAAACAAUUCCGAGGUGAAAUAGUCUACAACCAAGAGGUCGACAAGCAUUUCCCUCAUUUGACCGUUGGAGAAACUUUGGAAUUUGCUGCGAGUGUACGUACGCCACAGCAAAGACUUGUUGAUGGAAUCACUCGUGAAGCUUGGGCAAAGCAUAUGGCUAAAGUUGUUAUGGCUGUUUAUGGAUUAUCCCACACGUACAAUACUAAAGUUGGCAAUGAUUUCGUACGAGGUGUAUCUGGAGGUGAGAGAAAACGUGUUAGUAUUGCCGAGAUGGCUUUGGCUGGUUCACCAAUUGCUGCCUGGGAUAACGCUACACGUGGUUUAGAUGCCGCAACUGCUCUGGAGGUAAGUAAAUUUGUGCUGGAAUGGAUGUUGGUGCAUGGCUAAUCUAAGAACUAGUUCACCAAAUCUUUACGGAUGACUGCCGAUCUAUGUGGUUCAGCUCAUUUGGUUGCCAUUUAUCAAGCUAGUCAACAGAUUUUUGAUGAAUUUGAUAAGACUGUCGUACUUUACGAGGGUCGUCAAAUUUAUUUUGGACCUUGCAACCAAGCAAAACAAUACUUUCUGGAUAUGGGUUGGGAAUGUCCUCCGUAAGUGCACAAGAUAGCAACGAAAGGUGCCAUAAAUGGAUCUACUUGAAUAAUGCUGACCCAUUUUAGUCGUCAAACCACUGGUGACUUUCUGACUUCAAUUACCAAUACUUCGGAACGAAAAGCGAGACCAGGCUUUGAGAAGAAGGUUCCCAGGACUCCUGAGGAGUUCGAGAAAUACUUCAAAGAUUCGAAAAUAUUCAAGAACAUGAUGAGAGAAAUAAAAGCCCACGAAGAGGAGUUCCCUAUGGGAGGCAAAACAUUGGAACAAUUCAAAGAAAGUCGAAAGGGGAUGCAAGCUGAUCAUCUACGAGCCGAGUCACCAUACACGGUCAGCGUUAUGAUGCAAACAAAGUAUUGUGCAAAGCGAGCCGUUCAACGUUUAUGGAACGAUAAAACCUCUACAGUUACGGUAAUCAUAGGUCAGAUUAUCAUGGCUUUGAUCACCGGAUCUAUUUACUACAAUACCCCGAUAACUACAGCAAGUUUCUUUCAAAAAGGAGGUGUUCUUUUCUUUGCCGUUUUGCUCAACGCUCUGAUGGCUAUAUCGGAAAUCAAUACUCUAUACUCCCAAAGACCAAUCGUUGAAAAACAAGCAUCUUACGCUUUCUAUCACCCUUUCACUGAAGCUUUGGCUGGUAUCAUUGUCGAUAUACCGGUGAAAUUCAUGAUUUCAAUCUGUUUCAACAUCAUUUUAUACUUCCUUGCGGGUCUAAAGAGUGAGGCGGCCGCAUUCUUUGUCUUUUUCCUGUUUAACUUUAUGGCCACCUUGACUGUAAGUACCCCCUUCCUGUGGUGGAUAUUUUGAGUAUUAACAAUCAUUUCAGAUGAGUCAAAUUUAUCGUACCAUUGCAGCAGCAACAAAAACAAUUGCUCAAGCACUGGCUAUCGCUGGUGUAGUCACGCUUGUUGUUGUCAUUUAUACCGGUUUUGUUAUCCCUAGACCACUGAUGCAUCCUUGGUUUAAAUGGCUUUCAUGGAUCAAUCCACUUGCAUAUACAUUUGAGGCUUUAUUCGUCAAUGAGUUACAUGGAACCCUAUUCGACUGCUCGGCUUUGGUCCCUACAGGUCCUGGGUACGUUCACUCUGCCAAUAACUUCGUUUGUGCUGUUGCUGGCGCUGUUGUCGGUUCUACUACUGUCAGUGGUGAUGAUUAUUUGGAAGCGAAUUUCAAAUACUCUUAUUCCCACAUAUGGCGUAACUUGGGAUUCAUGUUUGCAUUCAUGCUCUUCUUCUUAGCUUGCUAUCUCUGUGCAACCGAGUUCAACUCCUCUACAGACAGUAAAGCUGAAGUUUUGGUCUUCCGUCGUGGACAUGUACCAGAAGAGUUAUUGGCCGCCGAGCGAGCUGCAAAGAAUGAUGAAGAAGCAUACGUCGGCGCUGGUGCAGAUGCUAAAAAGCCUAACUCAGACAAAGAGGGAGGAGAAGUUCGGGCAUUGGCACCCCAAACGGACAUGUUUACAUGGAGAAAUGUGUGUUACGAUAUAAAGAUUAAGAACGAACCUCGCAGACUUCUCGAUAAUGUAUCCGGAUGGGUGAAGCCUGGAACGUUAACAGCUUUGAUGGGUGUUUCUGGUGCGGGAAAAACAACAUUACUCGAUGUCCUCGCUCAGAGAGUUUCUAUGGGAGUUAUUACCGGUGAUAUGUUGGUUAGCGGAAAACCUCUCGACGAAUCAUUUCAACGAAAAACUGGAUACGUUCAACAACAAGAUUUACAUCUCGAAACCAGUACUGUUAGGGAAGCUCUUCGAUUCUCGGCUAUGCUACGUCAACCAAAAUCUGUUUCCAAGAAAGAAAAGUUUGAUUUCGUGGAAGAUGUUAUCAAGAUGUUGAAUAUGGAAGACUUCUCAGAAGCAGUCGUUGGUGUCCCAGGAGAAGGAUUGAACGUGGAGCAGAGGAAACUCUUGACUAUUGGUGUCGAGUUAGCUGCUAAACCUGCACUAUUACUCUUCUUAGAUGAGCCUACCUCAGGUCUGGAUUCGCAAUCUUCAUGGGCUAUCGUUUCUUUCUUGAGAAAGUUGGCCGAUAAUGGACAGGCCGUCUUGGCUACUAUUCAUCAACCCAGUGCUAUUCUGUUUCAAGAAUUCGAUCGAUUAUUAUUCUUGGCAAAAGGUGGUAGAACUGUUUACUUUGGAGACAUUGGCCCCAAUUCCGAGACUUUACUUAACUAUUUUGAGUCUCACGGUGCGGAUAAAUGUGGAGAGGAUGAAAAUCCUGCAGAGUAUAUGUUGACAAUGGUUGGUGCCGGAGCCCAAGGAAAAUCUACUCAAGAUUGGUAAGAACGGAUUCUGUUUAUCGGUGCCACCAAAAGCUAAUUUAAAUACAGGCAUGAAGUAUGGAAAGCUAGUGAUGAAGCAAAGGCUAUUCAAACGGAAAUUUCACGCAUCGAACAAGACUUGAGUCAUGGAUCAUCUCAAGAUGAACCUGGUUCCAAAGACGAAUUCGCCAUGCCGUUCACCAUUCAGCUUUUGGAAGUUACGAAGCGUGUCUUUCAACAAUAUUGGCGUACCCCUGGAUAUGUAUACUCCAAGCUUGUCCUUGGUGUUGCAUCUGCACUCUUUAUUGGUUUCUCAUUUUUCCACGCCGAUGCAUCUCAACAAGGUCUUCAAGAUGCUAUUUUCUCAAUCUUCAUGAUAACAACUAUCUUCACGACCCUCGUACAACAAAUUAUGCCUAGAUUUAUCCUUCAAAGAGAUCUUUACGAGGUUCGCGAGAGACCAUCAAAGGCUUAUAGCUGGAAAGCUUUUAUCAUUGCCAAUAUUGUCGUCGAAAUUCCAUAUCAAAUUCUUCUUGGUAUCCUGGUAUUUGCCUCAUACUUCUACCCAAUUUACACCAAAAACGGUAUCCCACCAUCAGGUCGUCAAGGACUCAUUCUCCUACUCUUCAUUCAAUUCUUCGUCUAUGCUAGUACAUUCGCUCAUAUGCUUAUUGCCGCUCUUCCUGAUGCGGAAACCGCCGGUAGCAUCGCUACGCUCAUGUUCUCACUUACACUUACCUUUAACGGUGUUAUGCAACCUCCGAAUUCUCUUCCUCGUUUCUGGAUUUUCAUGUAUCGAGUUUCACCUUUGACUUGUAAGUUUAUCCUCAUUGCUGCUCAAGGUACAAAAACUAACAAAUAUCUAGAUCUCGUCUCGGCUAUUGUGUCUACCGGUCUCUCCGGUCGCGAAGUAAUAUGUGCCGAAAACGAACUUGCAAUCAUGCAACCACCCGUCAACGAAACCUGCGGAAGUUAUCUUCAAUCCUAUGCUACCGCGCGAGGUGGUUCCAUCUAUAAUCCUGAAGCUACUUCAGAUUGUCACUACUGUUCUUCAUCAAACGCAGAUCAAUAUCUCGCUUCGGUAUCCAUUAGCUUCGAUACUCGAUGGAGAGACUACGGUAUCGUGUUUUCAUAUAUCAUUUUCAAUAUCUUCAUGGCGGUGUUUUUGUAUUAUCUCAUGAGAGUAAGAAAGAGUAGCGGAAAGACUCUUAAAGAAAAGUUGGGGUUCUUAGGAAAGCUUUUUUAGAGGGUUUCUCAGAGUAAUGUUACGAAGAUGACGGAGAUGAAAGAUGAAGAUGAUGGCUGCUCUGGCUUGGGGGUGUUUUGUAGAAAUUCGAUUGGCUGGUUAGCUUGUAGAUAUAGGGGAUAGAAUUGGUGUUUUCGGAAGAGGUUAUUUAGAAUUGGGGUUUUGAAUUUUUGGGGAUGGACAUUUUGAUUGUUGAGUUGUGGAUUCAUAUUUUAGAUUUAAUGUAUGUGCCUGGUGUACUUUCUACCAGAAUCUUUUUG